UAAUAACAGGGCUGGAUUGCUAUUCGUUAGGAGUACUUCGAGUUUUUUCCGUUUAUAAAGUGGGAGAUGAAGAAGAAGAAUAGCAGCAGCAAAGCCAAGACGAUAAGGGAGAGAGACAUAUAUAUAGAUGUAGAGAGAGAGAGUGAGGGACAGAGAGAGGAAGCGAGAUUGUGGGGUUUGAACAAAAGAGACAUGCCCAACUCCGACCCAACAUUUCCACUCUUUUACCCAAAUCCCAAAGAAUGCAGGACUUUUGUAUGCAAGAUUCUGAUUUGAGCUCAGCCCAAUCAAUGGCUACAUAUGUUGCUAAAGGUGCAUCUUGGUGGACGUCAAGUGGAUCGCAAAUUGAACAAUCGUUUGUCUCAAAGAAUUUAAGCUUGAAUAUGUUUACUCCAAAUCAACUUGGCCAGAAUGUCAAGCAAAUGGUUUUUCAGUUUCAAGACCAGGACUCGUCGUCUACUCAAUCCACCAGCCAAUCUUACCAUGAAGCAGCUAGUGUAGGGAGCAUAAUUUCAUUGCAGUCGGGAUAUAGUGGAACUCUUGGGAAGCCUACUGUGGGUCGAACUAAGGCAGCUGUAUUGAUGGGAACUCAGGAUUGUCUUCUGCCUCCUUCAGAACUUAAUUACGGGCAAUCCUUUGCUUGUGUUCCUCUUUCUUACGGAGAUUCGUACUAUAGUGGGCUAGUGGCUGCUUAUGGGGCACAGGCUAUGAUUCAUCAUCCCCAAAUGGCGGGGAUGCCAUCUGCUCGAGUGCCGCUGCCUCUUGAUCUUCCCCAAGACGAGCCCAUAUAUGUUAAUCCAAAACAGUAUCGCGCAAUUCUCAGGCGGAGACAAUACCGUGCCAAGCUUGAGGCUCAAAACAAGCUCGCAAAAUCUCGCAAGCCUUAUCUCCACGAAUCCCGUCAUCUACAUGCUUUAAAGAGGGCUAGAGGAUCCGGCGGACGAUUUCUGAAUACAAAGGAGGUCCAAGAACCAAAACCAACAUCCGCUGCUAAUGCAAAAGAUAACUCUGGCCCAACACAGCUCCACUUGAACACUAACAUGGCAGAAUCCACUGUUGACUCAUCGGAAUAUUUCAAAGAGGGUGCUUCGAAAACCUCUUGUUCGUCAACCUCUUGUUCUAACAUUACAAGUGCCUCCAGCAGUGAAAAUUUCUUCCAGCAACAAGAUUUCAGGUUCUCCGGUUACCCUUCUUGCUUCGGUAGGGUGGUGCAAGGUGGUGGGAACCAGCACCAUCUCUCAGUCCAGCAGUGAGAGUUAUGUCCGAAAACAACUGAAUCUUUAUUCUGUGAUUGGUUGUUGAUCCAAGAAUGUGGAUGCUGAUGGAAGGGGAAGUCAUCCUUGGCUCUGUUUGUUUACUUUGUUAUGUUGUAUUACUUUUCAACUUCGGCGUACCAGUAACAAAAUCCUUGCAUUUCGGAUAUCUGUAAUGAUUUAAGUUAGCUUAUAGGGUUGGAUUGGAAAUUCCUGUGGCGAUUUGCUUCGAUCAUGAAGACCUGUAAUUUGGUCUAGCGAAUAGAUCCCUAGAAUAUUCUGCAAUAAAUCGAAGUUUAGUUGAGAAUUA